CUCGUGCCGUCUGCUCUCUGCUGAUAAAGCUCGUGCUCUUAGACACCGUGAGCUCUGAUCACAACAUGAAGAACUUUAUCUUGUUGGUUUGAAGAGGUUUUCCUGUAGAUGAGCAGGACUUUAUGGGGACUUCUGGACUCCGGUGUACUCUAUUAGGAUGUGGACUCUGUGGGUCAGUUGUACCAAAACGUAGCUCAAAGUUUUAGCAAAGAAAAAGAAAACAGUUUUAAAAUUCAUCCACAAAAAGUUUGAUCGAUCUAUCGCUCUCCGGUGGCUCCACUGACUCCUCUGACAUCACAGCGAGGGGUUUGAACCGGCGUCUCUGAGGAAGACGAUGCUGCCCUGGACCGCUGACGACCACUCCGCCGUCCAACCAGAUGCUGUGGCAAACCCUCUGGCCAAUCAGGACGUGAGCUUCGACUCAGAGGAGGAGACAGCGGCGGCGUUGUGGCAACAGAAGGAAGAGGAGCGAGAUGAAGAGGAGACGCAGGCGGUGGCCUCGUCUCCGGACGGACGCUUCCUCAAGUUCAACAUCGAGAUCGGACGAGGAUCGUUCAAGACGGUUUACAGAGGACUCGACACCGAGACCACCGUGGAGGUGGCCUGGUGUGAGCUGCAGAGUCACUGUCUGAGCCGGACGGAGCGUCAGCGCUUCACAGAGGAGGUGGAGAUGCUGAAAGCUCUGCAGCAUCCAAACAUCGUCCGAUUCUACGACUCCUGGAAGUUGGAGAUGCUGAGGGGCUUCGUGCUGGUGACCGAGCUCAUGACGUCCGGGACGCUCAAGACGUACCUGCGCCGGUUCCGUCAGAUGAAGCUGAAGCUGCUGCAACGUUGGAGCUUCCAGAUCCUGAAGGGGCUGCACUUCCUGCACUCGCGCUGCCCCCCCAUCAUACACCGAGACCUCAAGUGUGACAACGUGUUCAUCACCGGACCCACCGCCUCCGUCAAGAUCGGAGACCUGGGCCUCGCCACGCUCAAGAAGGCCUCGUUCGCAAAGAGUGUCAUCGGCACCCCAGAGUUCAUGGCUCCAGAGAUGUAUGAGGAGAAGUACGAUGAGGCUGUGGACGUUUACGCCUUCGGCAUGUGCAUCCUGGAGAUGGCAACGUCAGAGUAUCCGUACUCUGAGUGUCAGAAUGCCGCCCAGAUCUACCGCAAAGUCACCAACGGAGUCAAACCAGACAGCUUCUUCAAAGUUAAAGUCCCUGAGCUAAAGGAGAUCAUUGAAGGAUGCAUCCGAACCGACAGCAAUGAGAGGUUCACGGUUCAGGACCUGCUGGAUCACCGGUUCUUCCAGGAGCAGCAGGGGGAGCAGCAGGGCGUCCACGUGGAUCUGGCCGAGGAUGAAGAUGGUGUGAAGGCAGCCUUGAAGCUCUGGCUCAGGAUGGACCACAACAAAAAGCUCCACGGGAAAUACAAAGACAACAAUGCCAUCGAGUUCCUGUUCGAGCUGUACAAAGACGUCCCGGAGGAGGUCGCCCAGGAGAUGGUGGUGCUGGGGUUCGUGUGUGAGGCGGACUACGUGCUGGUUGCCAAGGCGAUCAGAAACCGAGUGACGGCCAUAAAGCGCCAGCGGGAGAAACAGCGCCGUUUGCUGGAGGAGUCUGACCCCACCCUCCUAACACCUGAACCCGCGGCUGCCACGAGUUUGUCUGCUGCCGGGAGGGUGACCAAUCAGCAGGACAUGGCUCCCUGGAUAAAAGCUCCGCCCCCCGUCCCAUUGGUAACGGUGACAUCAUUGACCAGCAGCCCGGUGAACUCUGUGAUCAGCAGCGUCUCCAGUCGGAUGGGAGGAGACGGAGACGAGAACGACAACAAGACAGCCAGACAGACCUCAUACUCUUCUGCUACAUCGGAAGGCGAGAUGCACAGCUCCUUCAGCUCCUCGGGCAUCCCGGAGAAGGUUGAAGCCAUGCCCCCUCCAGUCAUUCACCCCCUAUAUUCUGCCCCUGCUCCCGUGGCUCAGGAAACCCCUCAGCUCAAGGUUCCUCCCCAUGUGAGGCGGGCUCAAUCCAAACCUCCGCCACUUCCUGUGCUGCGUUUCCCAAAGAGCAUCGCUGUGUCCCAAAAUGCCGAGCGACAGACAUCUGGAUCCAUUUCUGGCUUCUCUUCACCUAUUGAAAGCAAUGCCUCCGAUGUGACCUCAGGUUUGAGUGACGGCCAAUCAGACAAGGACAACCAGGAAGUGACCAGACGUGAAGCUUUGAAGCAGUUCAGGGGGAAAGCGAGGGCUCGUCUGAGAAUCACGGGGGUGUCAGACCAGGAGGACCGCGUGGUGGAGUGUCAGCUGCAGACUCACAACAAUAAGAUGGUCACUUUUAAGUUUGACCUGGACGGAGACAAUCCAGAGGACAUCGCCUCUGUGAUGAUCCACAGAGACUUCAUUGUGCCGAUAGAGCGAGAAGGGUUCAUCCUCCGCAUGUAUCACAUCAUCAAGAAGGCCGAGUCUAUGAUGCAUUAUCAGCAGCCAGCCGACAUCGACAGGUUAUCUCACCUGAACGCCUCCAAGCCGCCCGAGAAUACGCCGAUCCUGCCGACACAGGGCCUGUCCAAAACUGCGUCCUCGUCUUCACUUCCUGACAUUGCAGAUGUUGAACCCUCACCUUUGAAGGGCGGACACUUUUACAUCGGCCCUGAUGCCACGCCCUCUGCCAGACCACUGAGGUCACAGUCUUUCCCCACCUCCUCAGCUUCCUACCAUCAGCCCCUCCCCUACCCCGUCCAUUACCCCCAUCCAGACUCUGCCCCUCCUCCUCUGUAUAACCUUCCGUCUCCCCCUUAUUCCCCCAACAGCGCUUCCUCCCCCAAUUUCAACCAAGUCCACAGUAGCCCCUCCCUUCUCACCCCCUCCUCCUCUUCCUCAGCACCUCCCCCUUCUCACUGGCCCCCCCCUGACCAGCCUCUCUUCUCUCUUGCCAAUGUCCUCUCACUGGCCAUGAGUAUGGCCCACUCCUUCAUGCCCCGACCUGGGACCCCCAACCAGGGCUUUCCCCCCCCGUUCCAGCCCGUGUCUCCCCCAUUCCCAUCCCCUCUCUCUCCCCCUAUGUCUUCAUCCAUGGGCCCUAAGCUCCAUACCUCCUCCUCUACUCCUUUCUCCUCCCAGCCAUCCUUCAGCCCCCUCAGCGCUCAGACAGGCUCCGCCCCCAACAGCCAGCAGGGGGCGCCGCCCGGCUGGACUCUCGAUGCCGCUCAGGGACUGCCCCUCAGUUCUAUUCAGAUGAAGGUUGGCUCAGCUCCGCCCCCUCACGGUCCACAGACUGUCUCUGCUUCCAGUGUUGUCCAGGUGUCCUCUUCCGUCGCAUCGUCACCCAGACUGUCCCCCAUAUACGAGGUGAAGAAACCGGCCGUCCAUAACGUUGGUCGUUUCCAGGUGACGGCAUCUGAAGACACCCCCGCUGUCCUUGAUCAGGAGAUCCGCCACAUCAACCAGGCAAUACCCACCACUCACUCCCCACCUCCCUCUGUGUCGAACCAAUCAGAGAGCUCAGAGAGCAGCACGGAGAAGCAGAGCGAAUCAGAGAGCAGCGUCAGCACAGUGACGGUCUCCCCACCUGGUCAAAUUCAUGGUUACCAUGACAACUCUGGAGGACAGGAGGAAGAGGAGGACAGGAAGAUAAGGAGGGAUCGGCGGCUGAGUGUCGGCCUGUGGGAGGGGUUGGCCGGCAGCUUCAGCCAAUCACGGAGCCGCGUGGCACAUUACAUCAGCUCCGACGAAUCAGAAAGCGACAACGAGGAGCUGUGGGAGGAGCUGAAGGAGCUACGGGAAAGACACCAGGCGGAGGUGCAGAACCUGCAGGCCAAUCAGAAGACAGAGAUCGAGAAGCUGUACAUGCGGAAGGGUAAAGUCCCACCCCCUGGUAUCGUCUCUCAGGCCGCCAUGAUGAACCACCGCCCCCGCCGCCUCUCCAAAACCGGAAACUACCCUCCUCGCAAAAACAGCCUGCAGAGACUGGACAUGCCGCCCCCUACAGGUAUCAUGAGGAAGAGGUCGGUCAGCGGCAGCAGCAGUGGAUCACAGGACCGAGCCGGGAGAGGCGUGACCUUUGCCCCCGAACACAGCUGCACACAUGAGAGAGAAGCUGACGACUAACUGACGACAUGAAGAUGAUGUCUGAGGAUGAAAACUGGCGAAGAAGAGGACGGCACUUUAUGAAAACCAGAUUUUACUUUCCUCUCUGUGUUUUGUAUUUUGAAUUGUGACUUAAACAUUUUACAAAACAUUUCAGCACUUUAGAAAGAAAAAAAUGAGCCUGUAAGAACAGGUUCUUAUUAUUAAUAUUUGACUCAUGCUAGUUCUGCAAGUUUACACUCAGAACGCAUCUUAAAGAUAGGGACGAAGACAAAAAUCCCAAAGUCUUAAAAACCUGUCGCUCUGCAGAGGAAAUCAGAGAACUCUCUGAAAACAUUCAGCAAACUUUAAAAGUAAUCAGCGUCUGACUCUGAGCUCUCUGUGAACACGGUGUUAGCACUGCUGAUUCUACAGGAUUCUUCUUUAACUUUUGAACUCUUACCUGCUGCUCGUUUAGUCUGAAUGAUUUGAUUUAAAGAGUUUUGUUUAAUGAAUCUGUUGUUGCAUGAAGUCCAGAGUCUCAUCACUCGCUCUGAAUGUUCUCAGCUGAUUGAAUGGGUGUUGAUAUCAAGACCAGAUAUAUCAGGUGGUCAGGCCCUACUCUUCGUCCUAGUUGGCUCAGUAGGAUUAUGCAUUAUCAUGCAUUUUAUUCUCUUUGUACAUGCUCCCAUUGGGCUCCAUUCUUCACAAACAUAACAUAUCUUAUCAUUGUUAUGCUGAUG